AUGCCACACAAACAAACAUCAUCAUCAUCAACAACAGCAGCAGCUGCUGCUGCAAAAGCAGCAAGGGAGAAUCGUGCAAAUCAAUGUAAUUCUAAUCAUUCUGAAUAUCGAGGUCAUCAGCCGGGUUAUCAGGGUAAAAGUAAUAAAGCUGAUUUAGAUAAUCAUGCUCGGCAAUUAGAUCCAAACAAUUCUCUAUAUCGACCUCCUAAAUCGUAA